AUGACUGAUCAUGCAUAUGUCCCGCUCUUGCAAGGCAGUUGUUUCUGCCAGGCCGUUUCAUAUGCCGUUUCUGCUCAUCCAAUUUUGAGCGCGUAUUGUCACUGUACGAGCUGCCAGAGAUUGACUUCGUGUCCAUUCAUUCAUACAAUGCAUUUCGACGCUUCUGCAUUCACAUGGACACAUCCAGAGCCCCACGAGUCUCAAUUAGACUUCUACGACAAUAUCCUUAAGCCAUACAAGCGACGGUAUAGGUGCAAGACCUGCGGCGUUGGGGUUGCAUCCCACAACUAUAAUACCAACCGCGUUAGCAUAUGGGGCGCGACUUUGAAUAGGAAUGAGGAUGGGAAUAUAGUCGGCUGGGAUAUUGCCAAGCCGACUGCUCAUCAGUUCUAUGGAACACGGAUGCUGGAUGUUAACGAUGAUUUGACUAAAUGGGAAGGAUAUGAAUCGAAUUCAGAUAAUCUGAAUUAG